UUUUCCGUCUGGUCUGAUCAGUUUCACCCUCAUUCUUUCCCGCACAUGACCUGGAAAGACGGAGAAUUAAUUGAUGAUGGCAAUGGCGCUGCCAAAUCUCCAGUACUCCGAUCUGCCCGAGGCGGUUCACCGACAGCAUGACUUCCCCGAGGUAGUCGCGGAGGAUGCUCCCCAGGCGGUCGAGCGAAGCGGAGAGACGGCCAAAUACCUUGCCUACGCCAAUGUUCAAAGCCUCGAAAGCAGCAUCGACACAACCUCGGCCAAAGAACCUCCAGAACGACGCAUCCUCGGCCUGAAGCGAAAAACCAUUUUCAUCCUGUCCAUAAUCGGCGCGGUCAUUCUCAUUGUUGCCAUCGUGGGCAUAGCCCUCGGCGUGACAAUCUCCCAACGAAAAUCCCCUCCCUCCCAAGAGAUCAACAUUGACGACUCCCUCUCCCCCAACGCCACCGACAACUCCCCACCAGCACCACCACCAUCCCAACCCUCCAUCAACCUCACCGCCCUCCCCUCCAACAUCUCCCCCCUCUCCUCCCUCGCCUCAGCAAACUACACCGACCCCAAAACAAGCAUCGUCCACCUCCACGUCUACUCCCAACUCCCACCCCCCUCCAACUCCCUUUUGGUGUCCAUCUGGAACUCCACCGCCCGCAUCUGGACAACAUACUCCCUCUCCGCCCUCCUCCCCUCAACCUACGACCUCCUGCCCGGCACACCCAUCUCAGCAUACGUGUACACCAACCCAGCCUUUCAAGCCGGCGUCAUGGUCCUCACCACCGACCACGUCCUCCACCAAUUCGUCACUUCGGAUGUUACCAUGAAGAACUGGCGACAUGGUGGUGUGGGGCAGGGGGAUGCUAUACUGACGGUGGGGAGGGAAAACAAAAACUUUCAGGUUUUGAGACCGCAGUGCGGGACUGGGGAGGAUUGUAAAUGGCUUUUUCCGCCUAGUGCGGUUGGUUAUCAAGACGGAGAGGGAACGGUGAGGGUUUUCAACAUGAAGGUUAUGAGGGGGUUUGAGGUGGGCAAGGGGAGGGAGGGGACGGAACUGGGGCUGGUGAGUUUGGUGAGGGCUGGUGGGGAGGGGGGGUUUAAUGUUAGUGAUAUUUAUUGGAGGGUGGUGUUUGUGCCUGAGGGGGGGAGGGAAUUAAAGGGGUGGACGGCGGGGAAGGAGAUGGUUGGGGAGAGUGAUUCAUUGGGGGACAUGCCCUCUACUCCGGCUUCGCAUAACAUGGCGGCGUUUUCGUACGACUUGGUGAAUCAGAUGAUUGUGACGUUGGAGGAUGGGGGGAGGAGGCUCGGGGUGAGGACGUUGGAUGGGUUGGCCGGAAACAAAUGGACGUUGGCGAGAGAGGAGGAUGAUCCGGCUGGGUUGGGGGAUCAGAAGGGCGAGGUGCGGUUUACCGCUAUCACUGGGAAUCCGGAAAAGAGGGUGUUUGGCAUGGUGAAUGGCAAUAUCCAUGAGUGGCGGUUUUCGAGCGGGAGGCCGAGGAGUUGGGAGUAUGUGGGGAGGGUGUCGACUUCGCCUGUUUUGACGGGGUGACCAUGGCAUGAAUAUUGAAGAUUUGGAUCUGUGUUAUAGCGAGGCGUUUGGGAUUGGGAGGUGAGGUUUUGUAUUCAUCACAACUUGGAUAUCAUACCCGUGGUCAUAUGGUCGCAUAAAUUCACCCAUCAUAUUUUAUCAAAUCCAAGACACCCCCGCUA